AUGGCUACUCCCAAGACCAAGCACGACUGGGCCGACGACGAAGACGUCGACGAGACCACCACCACUGACCUCCCCGCGCCCCAGACCAUCAGCAACAAGGACGGCAGCAAGACCAUCAUCACCUUCCGUUACAAUGACCAGGGCCAAAAGGUCAAGACGACCCGCCGCAUCCGCUACACGACGCACACUGAGAAAGUGAACCCGCGUGUCGCUGAACGCAAGACAUGGUCCAAGUUCGGCCUUAGCGCCAAGGACCCCGCCGGUCCUGCCCCGGAUACCACCUCGGUCGGUGAGAACAUCAUCUUCCGACCGAGCACGAACUGGCGCAAGGACGAGAAGGAGCAAGGCGAGGACCCCAACGCCCAGGCCAUGAAGGACAAGCUCAAGGACAAGAAGGUCAAGUGCCGUAUUUGCAACGGCGAGCAUUUCACGGCCCGUUGCCCGUACAAGGACACCAUGGCUCCCAUUGGACAGGAUGGUGGCACCGCCGAUGUGGCCGCCGGUAUGGGCGACGAGCCUUCUGCCGUUGCCGCGGCUGCUGGUGCACCUGGCGUCAAGAAGGGCAGCUACGUUCCUCCUGCUCUCAGAGCGGGCGCUGCUGGUGCUGCUGCGGGAGACAGGAUGGGCGGCAGCAAGUACGGCGAGCGCGACGACCUUGCUACUCUGCGUGUUACCAACGUUUCGGAGUUGGCAGAGGAGCAGGAGCUGCGCGACAUGUUCGAGCGCUUCGGACGUGUUACUCGUGUGUUCUUGGCUAAGGACAGAGAGACUGGUCUCGCCAAGGGAUUCGCCUUCAUCAGCUUCGCAGACCGGGGCGACGCCGUCAAGGCCUGCGCCAAGAUGGAUGGUUUUGGUUUCAAGCACUUGAUUCUGAGAGUCGAAUUCGCCAAGAAGGCUGCUUAA